AUGAGACUCAAUAUAGGCUCCAGCCUAGUCUUCUUCCUCGCGACCACGCAGGCGGUCGGAGCGUUCAACUGGCUCAGCAAAGCAGCUUACAACAAAUGGCACGAAACUGAAUUGGAACGAUGGCUCUCCGAUCAUGACAUCCCUUAUCCCACCCCGGCCGACCGAAAAGAUCUCGAAAACUUGGUUAAGUCCAACUGGGACUCCAAAGUUCAGAAGCCUCUGGGACAUGCAGCCGAUAAUAGCGCUGACCAGUGGCAUCAUGCCAAAGAAUGGAUUUUUGAUACUUGGUCAGACUCUCAUCUCAAGGCAUUCCUUGAUCGCCAUGGCGUUCCUGUUCCUCAACCUCGCAAGCGUGACGUGCUCCUGAAGGCUGCUCGUGAAAACUACGAGGCCAUCGCCAAAAAAGUUGGCGAGACUGCGCACUACCCCGGUAACUGGCUUUACGAGCACUGGACUGAGUCCGAUCUGAAGGAGUGGCUGGAUGAGCGUGGUUGGCCUGUGCCUCAGCCAACAACCAGGGACAAGCUUAUCGCAACUGUUCGUCGCAAUGCCAGACUAGCCAGUCUGCAGGCGCGCAGCAUCGCGGCCUCCGCCACCAAAUCAGCCGAAGCUGCGCAGUCGAGCUUGAGUGAGGCAUUGUUCAAUGCUUGGUCCGACUCCGACUUGAAGAAGUUCCUUGAUGAGCACAACGUCAAGGUGCCCCAGGGCUCGAAGCGUAAUGAGCUUAUUGCUUUAGCCAGAAAGCACCGUGCCUCUCUUGUGAGUCAGGCCUCCGUUGCUUCCAAGACCGCUUCCGAGUCCGCGACAAGCUUGAUCGGCGCUGCUACGUCCAAGGCUGGCAACCAAUACACCCGCGCAACCGAUCAAGCCAAUUUGAAGGCCCAGGAUGCGUUCGAUGCGGCUGUUGAGACAUGGUCAGACUCUCGUCUGAAGGCCUACUUGGAUGCACGCGGAGUUCCUGUUCCUCAGUCGAGCAAGCGCGACGAGCUUCUUGCCAAGGUCAGACUGAACAAGCACAAGGCCGCAACCGGAUGGACUGCCUGGACCUUUGACACCUGGAACACUGACCAGUUGAAGAAAUACCUGUCUUCCAUGAACGCCAAGGCUGCUCACCGCGCGGACAUCACCCGCGAUGAGCUCAUGAAGCAGGCUCAGGAGGCAUACGCCAAAGCCUCCAAGGCUGGAGGAGCAAACCUGGCAUCUGCCACCUCUUACAUGGCUCAAGCCACUGCCGCAGCCAAGGACACGACGUUUGACACCUGGUCCCGCUCCGAGCUCAAGGCAUAUCUUGAUUCCUAUGGCAUUCCCACCUACCAAGGUUCUAGUGUCAACGAGCUGCGCGCCGCAGCCAGACGUCAUGCCCAAUACUUCCGAUACGGAACCACUAGCCCACAGGGUAUCCUUUACUCCAAGCUUCAGGAAUGGUCCCAAUGGGCGAUGGACCAGCUGAAGAUUGGAGCCUCGAGUGGCCGAGCUCAAGGCCAGGAGGCCGCCGAGAAGGCGAAGGCGAAGGCUUCAGAGGGCGCCGAGAAGAUCCGCUCGGAACUCUAG